UUGCCAUUUAUUAGAAAUACCCAAUAUAGCUUGGGUGUGCGGUUUUGGAAAUUGUAGGAGUGUUGGUGGAUGUGUGCAGUAUGGGUGCAGUGUCUGUUGAGAAUUCAAACAGAUUGAUUACCAAUCAGAGACUUGUGUCAGAAUCAGCUCUGACCCUCCCCUUGUGUCCAUCCGAUUCAAGCUAAAGUGCCACUUCAGGCAUGACCUGUGCAAAGUCUAAACGCUGUGAACUGGACAUGCUGUUUUUAAAAAGCUCAGAAUCCAACAUGAGCACAAUCCAUUUAAGGCAGCAGUUGCUAGAGCUCUUUUAAACAAACUGAAAACAUGACAAAGAAGGGAUGCAGCUUACAAAUGUUUAUUUAAAGAUCCAUAAACUCUUUGAUAAGAUUUUAAAAUCCUCCUCUUAAGAUAGAAUGUAUUGAAAGGUGAAGUAUGCAGGCAGCUACUGCAUUUGAACCACAUUCAUAUUUCCUCAGCAUUACCUUCACUAUCUGUCCUCUGCCAAAUAUUCUGAGACCUGUGGUGUUGGUAUAACUGGACUACAAUUCCCAGGGAUUUCACUUUGGCUAAGACAACAUAAGGUCCAAAGGGGGCCCGCUUGUUAAACACUCAUCCAAUAAGUGACGGUCUGUGCUGUGGGCUGACAAUACUGCACAUGAUGUCAUGUCUGGUUUAUCUUCUGUUUAUCAAUGACCACUCAAUUACUGUUGUCCUCAGGGACAACAAGCCGUCUGGUUAAAUGCUAAUUAUGAAUGCAUUGAUUUUGCAAAUAACAGUGGCAGCUCUUUGUUAUGAACAAGCAACGGUCACUAUAUGGACAUGCCAAAGGUCCAACUAGUAGGUUGUGUAAAAUACUCAGUUUCAGUAACCACUGAAAGUAUACUUGACUGCUUGUACAAAUAACCGAGUCCAGAACAUAGUGGUGUUUGAAGUUAAUUUAAAAAUGGCAGCUCACUUUCUCCAACUCACUGACACAUGCUACUCAGGAGUUAAUAUGACUACAGUUUGAUGUAGGUCAUUGCAUAAUAAAGCAAAAUGUGGUUGCUGUAGUGAUGAACCUGUUGAACACAACCAUGUCCAUUAUUGGAUGGCUUAACAUAUAAAUUCAGUGUUUAAUCAGCCAAGGCUUUGAAGUAAACUGGUGAAAUGUAGUUUUUCUUUUAAAUCCAGUACUAGAAGGGUUUUAAUGCCAGCCAUUUUAAAGCUGGUACUGUAUUUAUGUGUGUUCAAUAACAGGCCCUGGUGUUGGUGACCCUAGUGCUACCCUGGAUGUUGAAGGGCCAUCAGAAACUAAACUCCCAUCCUCACCCUAGUAGUCUGCUUUGUCUUCCCACAUAAUGGCCAGAAAACCUGAAACUUUCCAGCAACCUGGAGACAUCAUACAUGAUACCCUCCUCUUUGGAGAAAGCACAUUCACCAUUUCAAAUUGCACCAAAAUGAUCUAUACCUAAAUAAAUACUCUUGUCAUUUACAGUAAAAAUAUAAAGAAAUCCUGGUCUUUGCAACAGUGCAAACAUAUGUACAUACAAUAGAAAAUAAUGCGAAGUUCAAAAACAUUGAGGAAAAGGAUGUAAAAGUUUAAGACAUAUAAACUGUCAUAUGUGUGAAUAUAACUUGUAAUUAAUACUGUAUUGUGUUAAUUUUCUUUAUUUGCAUGUUAGCUUUUUGAAUGUGAGUGAAAUUAGAGUUGUGAAGAGAUGGGGUGGCCUCAAAAUCACUUUGGGGGAUUGUGGGGGUGACUAAUGUCACUAAUGGUGGACUUCACCUGAACCAGGCGAACGUCAGACUGUGCCCCUUAUACACGUGAUGGAGGAUUACAAAUCAGAAAAAUAAGAUGAUUCAUGUUUUUAAAAAAUACUGUUUGCAGUUGAACACUAAGGUGUGUGUGUGCAAGUAAGCGAUGAAGGCGCCUUGCUUACUUGCACACAUAAAGGCGAUCAAUAUAGUUUAGAUAUUCUAGGUUCGCGCUCCGGACAUUUUCGAAGGUUCUCGCCUUAAAGGGGAGAUAUUUUGUUGAAAUCAUGUGACCAAAUCGUCACUUUUAAAUUUAGUGUCAUACGUCCGACAAGACCCAGAAAUGACGAAGUUAAAUGAAACUUAAGCGGUGUCCAAAAGUGGUCAAACAAAUGUUUAAGACUGAAAGUAAAGUGCCAUUUCCGUGUGUUGGGAGCGACGGUUCUUUUACAGUUCUGUGGUUGGAGUCGAAUCGAAGGAUUGCCAGCACACAAGAAAAACAGAAAACCAGAAGUAAAAUAUUCUGUUGCAGUCAUAGAUAAUUUACAGUGCUACUUAAACUGAGGGUUAUGGGGCUGCUGCUGCUGGCCUUGCAGGUGUUCCAGAGAGUGAUGGACAUCCCGCCCGUGACACUGGCGGCCCUGGGGCUGCACGCCUACCUGUUCCUGAUCCCCCUGGUGCCCCUGACGCGCGCGUGCGUCAGCGUGCAGACGUGCUGGGGCGGGGACUGGCGCCCCCUACUGCUGGCCCCCCUGCACCACGCCCAUGGCUGGCACCUGUUCUCCAACAUGGUGUCCCUGCUGUGGCUGGGCUCCUGCCUGGAGCGCAGGCUGGGCGGGCCCUGGUUCGCUUACCUGCUGUCCGUCUUCUCCCUGCUCACGGGCGUGGUCUACCUGCUGCUGGAGAAGGGGCUGGCUGAGCUGACCGAUGACCCCUCCUACAACAUGCAGUGCGCAGUGAGCUUUUCAGAAGUGCUGUUUGGCUUAAACGUGGUGAAUAGCCAUCAAUUUCGUGGGGGUGUCACUAACGUGAUGGGCUUCUCAGUGGCCAAUAGUUAUGUCGACUGGCUGGAGCUGAUCCUCUUUGUGAUGUUACCAGGAACAUUUGUGGGACAUCUGGCUGGUUUCCUUGUGGGCAUUCUCUACACCGAAGGUCCUCUGAUGUCUGUCAUGAAAGUGUGUGCAGGGGUUUUGACAGUCAUUGGAGACAGUGCAGGACGAAGACACUACUACAGUUCCUCAGGAUUCAGUGGUUACGCUGGGACACGUUCAAAUUCUCCAUACGCCCAGAACGAGCGCCCCCAGGCCCACACUCCCCGUCCGGGGCUCCACCCCUACACCACUGGCCUAUCGGAGGAGGAGGAGUAUGAGGCUGCAAUCAGGGCCAGCAUGAGAGACCAAGGGGGCGCUACUCAUGAAAGCCCAGCGUACGGGUUUCAUAUCCCACCACCACAACCAGAUCAUUCGGAGGAGAUUCGCCUACGCAGACUGCAGAGAUUUGCCCGCUGACGGGGAAUGCAUGCAGUGUUCAGGAGAGGAUCGGGCCCGGAAGGGUUAACACUGCACACUUUGGGUGGCACCAGUUUUUUUUCCUCAGUUUUAACUACAGCCAAAACAUAUAUGACAAAUUUGGAGGUAGCUUGAAGUUCACAAUCCAGCUAAAUGCUGAUUAUCUUCUACUCUCUGAUAAGCGCUUGUAUAAUUAUUUUGGUCACAGCUUUUUGAACCGUGCAAAGGUUUCUCAUAACGUAAUCUGCCCGGUUUUGCAAAUCAGUCCAUUUCUAUUAUACUGAAAGUAAACCUGGUCAGGACUGGACUUAGUCCUGCCCUACAUCAGUGGACUGAGUCAUUUAAAACAACUUUGUUUGGCUUGAAAGGAUGUUGCUUGGAUAUGAAACAAUAAUCUGUUCAUUGCAGCAUUUCUAGUGCUGAUUACAAAAGAUAUAUUGUUUUUUCAAUAGUAUAUUCCAGUAUGUCCUACAAUAUGUUACAUUUCGAAUAAGGUUAAGAAUUUGUACAUAUAUUCAUUUAUUUUUUUACAUAAAUACUUUCUUCUUAUAUUUAUCUUUUUUGUGAACAGGUAAAUACAUUUCUGAGCUAUUCUGAAACAUUUAACUGAAUCCUCAAAGGCAAUUUUAAACACUAGUUGUACAUAGCAGUGUGAGUGUGGCAGAAUUAGUGAAUGACAAAUCUGUUGACUUGCCAUUUAUUAGAAAUACCCAAUAUAGCUUGGGUGUGCGCUUUUGGAAAUUGUAGGAGUGUUGGUGGAUGUGUGCAGUAUGGGUGCAGUGUCUGUUGAGAAUUCAAACAGAUUGAUUACCAAUCAGAGACUGGCAGUCUUUGUCAUGAGUCUAUCUCUGACUUGUCAGAAUCAGCUCUGACCCUUCCCUUGUGUCCAUCCGAUUCAAACUAAAGUGCCAUUCAGGCAUGACCUGUGCAAAGUCUAAACGCUGUAAACUGGACAUGCUGUUUUUAAAAAGCUCAGAGAAUCCAACAUGAGCACAAUCCAUUUAAGGCAGCAGUUGCUAGAGCUCUUUUAAACAAACUGAAAACAUGACAAAGAAGGGAUGCAGCUUACAAAUGUUUAUUUGAAGAUCCAUAAACCCUUUGAUAAGAUUUUAAAAUCCUCCUCUUAAGAUAGAAUGUAUUGAAAGGUGAAGUACGCAGGCAGCUACUGCAUUUGAACCACAUUCAUAUUUCCUCAGCAUUACCUUCACUAUCUGUCCUCUGCCAAAUAUUCUGAGACCUGUGGUGUUGGUAUAACUGGACUACAAUUCCCAGGGAUUUCACUUUGGCUAAGACAACAUAAGGUCCAAAGGGGGCCACAAUACACAAUAAGUGGCAGUCUGUGCUGUGGGCUGACAAUACUGCACAUGAUGUCAUGUCUGGUUUAUCUUCUGUUUAUCAAUGACCACUCAAUUACGGUUGUCCUCAGGGACAACAAGCCGUCUGGUUAAAUGCUAAUUAUGAAUGCACUGAUUUUGCAAAUAACAGUGGCAGCUCUGUUAUGAACAAGCAACCGUCACUAUAUGGACAUGCCAAAGGUCAAACUAGUAGGUUGUGUAAAAUACUCAGUUUCAGUAACCACUGAAAGUAUUCUUGACUGCUUGUACAAAUAAUCGAGUCCAGAACAUAGUGGUGUUCGAAGUUAAUUUAAAAAUGGCAGCUCACUUUCUCCAACUCACUGACACAUGCUACUCAGGAGUUAAUAUGACUACAGUUUGAUGUAGGUCAUUGCAUAAUAAAGCAAAAUGUGGUUGCUGUAGUGAUGAACCUGUUGAACACAACCAUGUACAUUAUUGGAUGGCUUAACAUAUAAAUUCAGUGUUUAAUCAGCCAAGGCUUUGAAGUAAACUGGUGAAAUGUUUUUUUUUUAAAAUCCAGUACUAGAAGGGUUUUAAUGCCAGCCAUUUUAAAGCUGGUACUGUAUUUAUGUGUGUUCAAUAACAAGCCAUGGUGUUGGUGACCCUAGUGCUACCCUGGAUGUUGAAGGGCCAUCACAAACUAAACUCCCAUCCUCACCCUAGUAGUCUGCUUUGUCUUUCCACAUAAUGGCCAGAAAACCUGAAACUUUCCAGCAACCUGGAGACAUCAUACAUGAUACCCUCCUCUUUGGAGAAAGCACGUUCACCAUUUCAAAUAGCACCAAAAUGAUCUAUACCUAAAUAAAUACUCUUGUCAUUUACAGUAAAAAUAUAAAGAAAUCCUGGUCUUUGCAACAGUGCAAACAUAUGUACAUACAAUAGAAAAUAAUGCAAAGUUCAAAAACAUUGAGGAAAAGGAUGUAAAAGUUUGCCGUUUAAGACAUAUAAACUGUCAUAUGUGUGAAUAUAACUUGUAAUUAAUA